UUUUAUUGAGGUCCUCUGAUAAAUGGCAGGUGCUAGGACCUAGUGGAAUUCGGGCAACUUCAUUAGAAGGUGAACUAUCACCCCAGGGUGUGGUGCAACGCAAACAGGUUCAGAAAAGCCAGUUCUCCCACUUGUAAGCCACUUAGACUCCAUUUCAUCUCGCUGAUACCACCUCCAAGAUUUCAGCGGCUUUUACACUUGCUUGGUAAACCGAAAGUAUGUUUCUGGCAAAGGCCCUUUUGGAAGGAGCAGAUCAAGGUCUUGGCCAUGCUCUUGGAGGCCUUCUUGGAGGAGGCGGCCAGAGAAGAGGAGGAGGAGGAAAUAUUGGAGGGAUAGUUGGUGGGAUUGUGAAUUUCAUCAGCGAGGCUGCAGCAGCUCAAUAUACCCCGGAACCACCUCCCACUCAGCAGCAUUUCACCUAUGUGGAGGCCAACGAGAGUGAGGAAGUUAGGCGGUUUCGGCAACAAUUUGCACAGCUGGCUGGACCGGACAUGGAGGUGGGUGCCACUGACCUAAUGAAUAUUCUCAACAAAGUCCUUUCUAAGCACAAGGACCUGAAGUCCGACGGCUUUAGUCUUGACACCUGCCGGAGCAUCGUGUCCGUCAUGGACAGUGAUACGACUGGGAAGCUGGGCUUUGAAGAAUUUAAGUAUCUCUGGAACAACAUCAAGAAAUGGCAGUGUGUUUUUAAGCAAUAUGACAGGGACCAGUCUGGGUCUCUGGGAAGUUCUCAGCUACGGGGAGCGCUGCAGGCAGCAGGCUUCCACCUAAAUGAGCAGCUUUACCAAAUGAUUGUCCGCCGAUAUGCCGAUGAGGAUGGAAGUAUGGAUUUUAACAACUUCAUCAGCUGCCUGGUCCGCCUAGAUGCCAUGUUUCGUGCCUUCAGAUCCCUGGAUAGAGAUGCGGAUGGCCUGGUUCAGGUGUCUAUUCAAGAAUGGCUGCAGCUGACCAUGUAUUCCUGAAGUGGGCACUGAGAAGUUAGGACGCCCCUGCAGGACAGGACUGCUGGGGGCCAGCCGUGCUCUCUGCACAGUUGCGGAGACCCCAUCCAAAGCUGUCACUUCCUGCUGAGCCCUCCCUGUUUCUGAACUUGUGCUGCCUUUUCUGCUUAAUUAAAACAGAUUUUUCAUGAAAAA